GUAUACUUAUAUGUCUGUGUUCAAGUGUACACAAACAACAAAGGGCUCCUCCAAGGAGGGGUUUCAGCUGUCUUUGAGUGUGAUAUACUUAGAUUACGGAAUACACCAAUGAGGUAUUACUCCCAAAUAUGGAUGUAACCAAGAUACAAUACAAUACAAAACAACCAUUAACUUCAAUACGCUGCCCCUGGUGCCCCCAUGUGUGAUGGUCACAGGAGUUGGCAUCUGGUAUAUUAGAGAGUUUUUCUACAAGAAUCACUGGAUUAUUCCAUUGACUAGAUUCUCAUAUAAAUCUUAACUAAUCAUUGGUUAAACAGUUAUUAAAGAUUGUAAAAGAUUUAGUGCAUAUAAUGAAUGUGAUAUUGUUGAUCAAAUAAAAUCAUAGAAAGUCACAUUUUCUAGAAAAAAAGAAAAAUCUGGCAAAUGAACAAUUUUCCAUUGAUAUCCAAAGAUCUGACAAAAAAUUGAAGUCAGUGUUGCUGAAAUAUUUGAAUAAUAAAUUAUGCAUCUCCUUAACCAGUAAAGUUUCUGUAAAUGUAUUUUUAUGUCAUUACCUUGGUGUUAUAAUACUUUUCUAGCCUUUUAGAAAAGUUGCAAUUUUUUUGGCAUACCCUGUAUAAGUUGAGAUAAGUUGCAGUAUAAUAACAUGUAAUUUUCAUUAUUAUAAAUCAGUGACGGCAUAUCCAUCAGGUAGUGUUAUACCACAAUUUCAGCAGAAGAAUGACAAUUAGAUUUCAAUAAUAAGUUAUGAAAUAAAUGAACUGAGUGAAAAGAAAUAAUAAAAUAAAAAGCAGUACAGGAAAAUAGUAUGGAAAACAAUAAAAUAGCAUAAAUAAUAAGUUAUAAAGAUAAAUAGUUUUGCCAUUAAAAAUUAGACUGUUUGUGAGGAUUUAGAAGCGUUAAGAAACAAUAAAAUGGAUGAAACUGCAACAUUUGCACAAAACUUUAGCCAAUUGUAUAACUGGCAGAAUGAAACAAAUGCAAGUAGUGUUCAUAUCGGACUGAUGUGUGUCUCUGGCAUCAUCUUCGUUCCUUUAAUUCUUACAAAUGGCUUAUUGAUUACGGUAGUGUUUAAAAAUAAGCACUUGCAGAAACCUCCCAAUAUCAUAAUUCUGAAUAUGGCAAUAGCUGACCUUCUCCAAGCUCUCUUUGGAAUACCUAUCCGGGAAUUGAUGAUUUAUGAAUAUGACAUUGCGAGAGAUAUUGUGCUAGGAACAGUUGAUAAAAAAUACAUUUGCAUUUUGAGAAUAUUCUUUACACUGCUAGCGACAGGUGGUGCUUUGUUCUUUUUUGUAACAUUGGCCAUUGAGCGGUUUGUUGCGAUUGUGUUGCCAUUUCGUUAUGAUCGUUGGAUGUGUAAGAGAAAUACAAUUAUACUGACUCUGAUGUCAUGGGGAUUAGUCAUCUCAAUCAUCAUUCCUGUAUUCUUUGGUUGGAACACAUGGGAUGUGAGAGAUCGGUGCUCUGUACUGAAUACACUUCAUAGAAUAUCCAACUCUGCAAUCCUGAAUCCAUUGAUUUAUGGUUCACUGAGCCUAACCACAAUUCUGUAUGGUAAGAUAUUCUGGAUUGCCAAAAUAAAACAAUCUCAGAUUUUGGCUCAGAUACAAGCUGUUGACCAUGCUAGAGCAGUAGCAUAUAAACGUAGCUUCAAGAUUCUGAAAACUGUCGUAAUAAUUCUUGGACUGUUCAUACUGUCGUGGAUUCCAUUACUUUUUGUGAGGGUGGUUCUACCACGUACAAAUCUUGAUGCCAAUGCCAUUAUUUUACUAACGAAGAUCACAUUCAACAUCUUGCUGAUAAAAUCUAUAUUCAAUCCAGUGAUAUUUUGUGAGAAAGAUCGACAGCUGCGAAAGGCUGUAUUGAAACUGUUAGGCCUAAACAGGGAUAAUGUAGAAAUACCUUUUACUGCUUAUCCCACACGCUCCAAGAGAGAUUCUCAUCUUGGUCUUGUGAACAAAGCCUUUACAGGUGCAAGAGGGACAAUGAGAGAACAAAGCGAUCCUGAAGUGGAAAUCGGCAAUGUGUCUAACAGUAAUAACAUCAUGCCAAAAGCUCCAGGUUUUAUAAAUGAGAAUUCAGAAGACCAUACCAAUACAAAUACAAUUGACAUAACAAUGAAAGAUACGAAACAUCCAAAUAGUCUGCCUGUUGAGACACAGGGAACUCCAUGUAUAGACAUAAAUCUAGGACACAUAUAAUGAUCCUCA